AUGAGCAUCAGGUCCCAGCCCUUGCAACCGCUCAACAACGGCGUUCUUAACAAGGCCACCAACUUGACCCCAGUCAAAACCCUGAGAAGGAAAGAAUACGACCUAUACCACAACCAGAACUACCACAGGGACAACCAGCAGCAGCAACACAAUAUUCAAGCUCACGUACACCAUCAAGUUCAUCAUGUUCCCUCCAAUUUAGAGGCCCACGCCCACCAGCAACAAGAGAAGCCCAAGAAGAAGAAAGAGAAGCUCUCAGCACUUUGUAAGACACCACCAUCGAUUGUAAGAACAAGAAGCGGCAUUGACUACCGCCGAGGCAACUUUUUGGGCGAAGGUGGGUUUGCCCGUUGUUUCCAGAUGAGAGAUGCUCUGGGCAAGAUCUAUGCCGCCAAAACGGUAGCCAAGGCGCUGAUCAAGAACGAAAAGACAAAGACUAAGCUCUUGCUGGAAAUCAAGAUCCAUAAGUCGCUUAAACACUUCAACAUCGUCAAUUUCGUCGACUGCUUCGAGGACGACGUCAAUGUCUACAUCCUAUUGGAGAUUUGUCCCAAUCAAUCGCUCAUGGAGCUCUUGAAGACUAGAAAAAGAGUCUCAGAGCCCGAGGUGCGUUAUUUCAUGGUCCAGAUCAUUGGCGCAGUCAAGUACUUGCAUUCUCGUCGUGUGAUUCACAGGGAUUUGAAGCUCGGAAACAUCUUUUUCGAUCCAGACAUGAAUUUGAAAAUUGGUGAUUUCGGAUUGGCCUCGGUAUUGCCCAGCGUCGACUCCAGAAAGUACACCAUCUGCGGCACCCCUAAUUACAUCGCUCCCGAGGUGCUCGGAGGUAAAACCACGGGACACUCUUUUGAAGUCGAUAUCUGGGCCAUUGGUAUCAUGAUGUACGCUUUGCUCAUUGGCAAGCCCCCUUUCCAAGCUAAAGACGUGAAUGUCAUCUACGAGCGCAUCAAGAAAACAGAUUAUACUUUCCCGCCUGACAAGAAAAUCUCCGACGAGGCCAAGCAGUUGAUUCAGGAUUUGUUGAGUUUAAAUCCAUUGAACAGACCGUCCAUCCAUGAGAUUUUGGAUUAUCCUUGGUUCAAGGGACCAUUCCCCUCCAAAACCACUGAGGACGCCUUGACGGCCACUCCUCAUGGUAUGGGAGAGCUCUCUCGUGCUCAGAGUGCCCUCAAUUUUGCUAAUGCCAAAACUAGAGCUGGAAUCUACACGCCCAAGUCGAAGAACCCAGUGGAGAUCUUAAAACUGGACUUACAAUCCGACCAACCUCGCACUGUCUUGCCUCAAUCGUUGUCUCCUGGUGACACCCGCCUUAAAUAUCAGGAGAUAUCUGUGCCUACAAACUUAAUGAGUGCCCCAAGAAGUACCAUGAGAAAGUUCAACUUUCACUCAAAGUUCAACAAAACUAUUCCGAAGUUGGACCUCUGUCUUCAGGAGACAGCUAAUACCAUUCGCCGCCUAAUGGAGGUGACUAGAGAGAGAACUAUGUCGGAUUUGGAUGUGAGAGAGCUCCCUACAUGCGAGAACCCAACUCUCAUCUCUAAAUGGGUCGACUACUCUAACAAAUACGGUUUCUCAUACCAGUUAAAUAAUGACGACAUUGGUGUUCUUUUCAACGACGAGAACACUAUUCUUAAACUUCACGAUAGUGAAUCAUUCUUUGAAUUGAUUUAUCACGAGAAUGAAGGCUGGGCAUGCAUCGAAAGCUCAGUGUCCAACCCUCCCACACAGGCAAAGAGACAGCUUGAAAUUGUUGAUUUCUUCGCCAAAUACAUGAACACCAGCUUGUCAAAAGUCAGUGAAAAUGAACUGCGCAAGGAGGUUGUUUUCUUAAGGCGAUACACAAGGAACAGCGAUUACAUCAUGUUUGAGAUGACCAACGGAAACUUCCAAUUCAAUUUCAAAGACCACCACAAGCUUUGCAUAUCUAAGAACGGGCUCGCUGUAUCGCACGUUCUGCCUAAUAGAGUGAUCCAAACGCACCCACUAGUGCUAGUGUUGAAGCAGGGUAACUUUCCUCUGACAGAGAUGCCACAUUGUUUGGAGAAGAUAGCCAUGAUCGAAAAAGCCAUGAGGGACAAGAUUCCCAAGUAA